AUGAACAGGCUUCACGCCUCUACCAAUAACGGCUACGGUGCCAACAAAAAACAUGAUGGAGAUAUUUAUCAUGAUAAGGCCGACCUCGAGAGCAAGUACAUCUGGGGCAUGACUGAUCUGGUCGACGAUGAAAAGCCCGAUCCCUCCUUCGGCCGCCGCUUUGAGCCCAGAAAGAGAGCCCUUCACAACCGCAGUCGACUCAUCCGUCUGGCCUUCGUUAUCCUUGCCUCAGUUGCAUUCGUAGUCCUCUUCUUUUUCCCUUCAACGAGGCAUCUACCUUCCAUGUCAUCCACACCUCCCGCCCCUGUUUUCGACUCCGAGAUCGAAACUUUACGCUAUUACGACCUAGAAGAUGUUCAAGGCACCUCCGUGGGAUGGGAACGAGAAGAGAGAGUACUCCUCUGCACACCCCUUCGAGAUGCAGCACCACAUCUACCCAUGUUCUUCGCCCACCUCAGAAAUUUCACCUACCCUCACCAUCUCAUAGACCUUGCCUUCUUGGUCUCCGAUUCGAAAGACGAAACCGAGCACAUGCUAACAGAAAUGCUCGAGGCUUUACAAGCAGACCCUGAUCCGGCUCAACCAUACGGAGAAAUUUCUGUCAUUCACAAAGAUUUCGGACAAGCUGUCGGGCAAGAUUUCGAGAGUCGCCAUGGUUUUGCCGCACAAGCAAGCAGAAGAAAGUUAAUGGCACGAGCCCGGAAUUGGCUGCUUAGUGCAGCACUUAGGCCUUAUCAUAGUUGGGUAUAUUGGCGAGAUGCUGAUGUGGAGACUUGUCCUUUCACCAUUAUUGAGGAUCUAAUGCGACAUGACCGAGAUAUAAUAGUACCCAAUAUUUGGCGUCCUUUACCCGACUGGCUUGGAGGCGAGCAACCUUAUGAUCUCAACUCCUGGCAAGAAUCCGAGACUGCCAUUGCCCUUGCAGAAACCUUGGACGAAGAUGCCGUCAUUGUAGAAGGUUACGCAGAAUAUGCCACCUGGCGACCUCAUCUGGCUUACUUACGAGAUCCCUACGGAGACCCAGACGUGGAGAUGGAGCUUGACGGCAUUGGUGGUGUUUCAAUCCUGGCAAAAGCACGAGUUUCCCGUGCCGGUGUUCACUUUCCCGCUUUUUCAUUCGAAAGACAUGCAGAGACUGAAGGCUUUGGUAAGAUGGCCCGCCGUAUGCAAUUUUCUGUGGUCGGUCUUCCACAUUAUACUGUCUGGCACCUUUAUGAGCCUUCAGUCGAUGACAUUCGUCAUAUGGAAGAAAUGGAGGCCGAGAAGCGUGAAAGAGAACUGCAAGAAAAGGAAGUUGCCGAGCUUACGAAGAAAGUCGGGAACUCUUUUGUCCCAGUUGAUGGGCAGUGGCAGAAGGAUAAACUAGCAAUGGCUGGUGGAAGUACCGAGCAACAAACGAAGCCUCCUGUCAAGAAGGAGGGUGUCCAGAGGAUCCCACUCGAUUCGGAAUCACCCGGUUCCAAAGAAGCCGUAAGACAGGCCCGUGCUGCCGAACGGGAUGCAGAUAAUUCUGGGCGGUCUGCAUUUGGCGACUAA